AUGGCUUCUGGAGGGAACCAACAGGCAUCCACUUCUAGCAAUCAACCAACACCGGGCACAAGUAAUGGGGGAACUCAAGCGGGAGUCAUGCCCUGUGACCCUCAAGCUUUCGCUCAAUUUUUCCGGGCGUUUGAAACAUUUUAUAGACAAUGUAGGCCUGGGGCUGAGGCGAUCCCUGCUCCGGAACCGUCCCAGGAUGUAAUACCAGAUACUCCUCCUAACUGCCAGGGGCAGCAGGGAACCCCAGCUGUGCCAGGGGGCAGCGCACAGACUGAGAGUGUCAAUGUUGGUCGCCCGAAUACUCGUGCUCAGGCAGCCAGUAAUAGAAGGGCCAGCCAAAACGCCGGAAGGGGUAAAACUUCGGCUAAAGCCUCCGGCAAAGGUAAGGCUAUUCCCACUGGGUCAGCUAGCAAGACCUUUUCACAGGUUGUAGACUUGCCUAGUGUAUUUCAGGAGCAGCAGCACCAGCACAGCUCUACCGAGGACAGUGCAGGGUCCGGCUUGGAGGAGGAGAACAGGGAACAUCAAACUGCACAGCCAGUUACCACCGGGAGUGUGGCCACCGCAGAGGUGCAAGGCGGCAAACGGAAGUCCAAGAAGAAGCACACAUCAUCAAAGAAGAGGAGAAGUAAGCAGUCCGAGACGGAGGAUGAGUCAGGUACGUCUUCUUCCGAUUCAGAUAGUGAGGACCCCAUGGAUGGUUACUGGGGAUUGGGCGAAGGGAAUCACGGGAUCCCGCUUUGGGCGCAUGAAAGGAGAGCCAACUCACACCGUAAGACUUUUAAUGGGGUGCUAGACUGGAAAGAUGGUGCGUUGGUCGAGGACGUAAAGGUCGCCACCAAUCAGUCCACCGAUUUCAUUUUGGGUAACCAUUUGUCCCAGAGGAAGAGGAAUAAGAUCCUCAACGGUGAUUAUGUUGACAUGUUCACCCUACUCCCACCUACAAAACUAAUGGGGAAAGGUGAAAAGAGGCGAUCUUCAGGAAAAGGGAGGUACAGGACCCCUAGGGCGGAGCGCACCUUUGAGAAUUGGUUAGAUGGGUAUCAGGUCUUCAUGGGUGUUGUUUGCGCCGCUUAUCCUCGGCGCUCUAUGGAUUUGGUCGCUUACCUCGCCCAUGUGAGGCGGGCUCACUCGCUCGCAGGGGAACAUGCCGCUCUAACUUAUGACGAGAAUUUUCGUAGAAAUGCUUCUCUCCUACCUUCCACCCGAUGGGACCUGACAGACCCUAACUACUGGGGUGAGGACGUUAACCCUUACAUUGAUAAGAAAAGCCUAGGAUCUGCAAAGGCGGGUAAGCCGGAGGCAAAGCGGCGUCGCCUCUGCUGGGAGUUCAACAAGGGGGCAUGCUCAAGACCCUCCUGUAAGUAUUUGCAUGAAUGCGACCGGUGCUGGGGAAAUCACCCCGCCUCCGCGUGCUUUAAGAACAAACAACAGCCCUUUUGUGGGGGCAGGGGGUACUUCCACAAUAACAACAGAGGUGCCCCCGGUCCCUCACACCAGGGACCUGGUAGCAGGCAGUAA